GUUUGCCUCAGAGAUCACUGGACAAAGUACAUGAUAGAGACUACAACAGACGCCAUUUCUGUUGAGCUAUUCUAAUUCACAAUAGGAAAGAAAUGAACGAUUGAACAUUACAUGGGGCACCAUAUGGGUACGGCAUAAGUGGAGUAUGUACCAGAGUCUGCAAUGAUGUUGGACUACACUUGAAUGAGAAGCUGACUGGUGAAACUUCAACAGAAUCUGGAAACGUUGUUGUGAAGAGACGGGGGAGCAGAGCGGAGGGAGAACAGCAGGUCUGGGACAGAUCCGAUGGAUGUGCUCGGUGAAAAUGAGGCCUUGCAGCAGUUCUUUGAUGGCCAUGAUGUCAGCGGUGUACUGGACAGUGCUGUAGUGGACACCAGCAUCCUAGAGCAAUACCUGAGCAAUGAUAUUGACCCCCCUUUUAUGUUACCCGAAUCUCCUCCAGAUUCAGGUUCAGAACCUUGUUCUCCUCCACAGAUUCCAGAUGUCCACUUUGGUCCUGACUUCUCCACCAAUCAGCUGGGUCCAGGUCUGCACAAUCUAACAGGACAGACUCCCGCUCCUUUCUGUCAUCUUAAAGCUCCACUUUCCUCUCAGUUUGACUUGGGAAACUCCAUGAAGCACAUAAGGACCAAAGCACCUGCUACAGCACAGACUGUUUGUGAUUCAUCUUUAAACUAUACGUACAGCAGCCCGGCUGAGAGCUGCAUACAGACCUCCGCUCCACCAGUACAGCAUGCGCCUAUAGAUCCACUCAGAGGCUAUACAGAAGCUGCCACAUCCAGCACAUCUCCAUGCCUCUUACCCCAUGGAGUUUGUGUGGAUCCGUACAUGGCCUCCAAACCUGGCCUGAAUGCAGGUCAAAUGUUACCUGUAAAGAAUAAGAGAAAACGCUCAAACUCCUUUGACGUAAACACAGACGACAGCCAAUUGGAGACGGUCCAAGCGGUUUGGAACAAGCCUUCAUUUUGUCCUGAAAGGAGUACAUGUGAAGUGCCCGGCUAUGAUGGUGAUGUCCAGGCUGCAAGUCCGGCCACGACGUACCAGCUACUGAAAUGGGAGCACUAUCAACCGAGCCAGUGGAGCAGUCUAUACAACAGCAGCUACCAAACUCUGCCUCCUCCAGGUUACCAUGUGGACACAGACAAGGGUUUCAGCUACUCCACGGCUGACGAGGCAUUUGUGUGCCAGAAAAAAAAUCAUUUUCAAGUUACAGUACACAUCGGGAUGGCUGGAGACCCCAAAUAUGUGACGACACCAGAAGGUCCCAUGCCGGUAGACGGCUUCCAAGUGAAAGUCUUCGGAAUUAAGCUUGAGGCUCAGAACCACCACAUCACCAUCGAGCAGUCACAGUCAGACCGCAGCAAAAAGCCUUUCCUUCCAGUCCAAGUAAACCUGCCUGGAAACAAAAUCACCAAGAUUACGCUUGGAAGGUUACACUUCAGUGAGACCACUGCUAACAACAUGAGGAAGAAGGGCAAACCCAAUCCUGACCAGAGGUACUUCCUAAUGGUUGUUGGACUUUUUGCUACCGUCAAAGAAAAGAGUUACCUGCUGGUUGCUAAUGUUUCUGAGAGAAUCAUUGUCAGGGCGUCAAACCCAGGGCAGUUUGAGAACGACAGCGAGGUGCUCUGGCUGAAAGGACAGACACCAGACUCGAUGGUAUGCCAGGGACUGGUGGGGAUCAACACCGAUACCCCAGAUGAGGCCCUGGUGGUUUGCGGAAAUGCCAAGAUAAUGGGCACAGUCAUGCACCCUUCAGACAGCAGAGCAAAGGAGAACGUCAGAGAGGUGGAUUCAACAGACCAGCUGAAGAGAAUAGCCCAGAUGAGGAUCGUCGAGUAUGACUACAAACCUGAGUUUGCGUCGAAGAUGGGCAUCGAUCAGGUCCAUGAAACAGGUAUUAUAGCGCAGGAGGUGAGGGAGCUGCUUCCUACAGCGGUGAGAGAAGUCGGCGAUGUCACAUGCUCUGACGGACAGAAAAUCCCCAACUUCCUUAUGGUGGAUAAAGAACAGAUCUUUAUGGAGAACGUGGGGGCUGUGAAGGAGCUCUGCAAGCUUACUGAUAACCUGGAGACGCGUAUCGAGGAGCUCGAGGUGUGGAACACUCGCCUGGCCAAGCUGAAGAACCUCGGGAGCAUGCGCUCCAAAAGCACCGCCACAAAUAAACGAGGAGUCACGAAAAGCAACAAAACCCAAGCGCCAGUUCCUCCACAAAAGCCCUCGCCACCAAAACUUAGUAAAGAGUAUGUACGUGAGAAAUACCAGCACUGUCUCCAGCACAGGAUAUUCCAGGCGACCAUCAUCCUGCUGGUGGUAACCAUGGCUUUUUGUGCCAUCUGUAUCACCACACUCUACAUGCUUACAGUAAAAGAAGACAAUGAUUUUGGGUUCAGUAACGCCAGUGUGCAUCCGAUCUCUACUACUACACAUAUAAUGACUACAGCGUCCCCUACUUCCUCCCCCGGCCCCUGGCCACCAGACCUUGAUUUCUCUAGCGUUUUUUACUCGGACGAAGUUUAUUGUUGUCUAGAUCCAGAAACUACAUCCAGAAACCAUCCGUCUGUCCCGACGAGCUCUACUGUUGACCCCAGGCUUCACAAAACACUAUCUAGACCAACAGUUAAUAUCCCAUUGGAAUGGUUACGAUACUACACUGACUGGACGAACACGACCAUCGAGUCGAUCCUAAUCAUGCAAAACCAGCAGGUUAUAGAUCACGAUUACAUAGACCAGGAGAACUCUGGGAAAGGGAUCUACGUCUAUCGGAUCCCCAUUAGUAAACACAUCCCCACCAACAUGCCGGUCACCCUACAGAUAAACACCCCUGAGCUGUUAGUGGCUCACCUGUGUGCCUAUGACCUGAGGGAGGAGUGUGCGUCCGUAAUCGACUAUAAGGACACUGAAUUACACAGAAUCCACAACACACAGGGGUAUGUACACGAGUGGCCCCUGUCUGUCGCUGGACACUUCCGAUCAUCUUUCCACUUCCGUCUCUCAGUAGCGGGUCAGGCUGACUGUGAUACAGACCCCAACUAUGCGGAAAUCCUGUUCACUGACUACCACUUCCAUUUCUACCGCCGCUGCCCGUGACGCUGGAUGAACACUGAUCGCACCCUUAACUAACUCUAAUCACAGGUUCUCCUAAGACUGUUAAAGCAUGAUUUGAAAGAAGAAGAAAGGAUACUGACCCGAGGCAAAAAUAUGCGUCUUGCUUGUACCAUGGCCUGUUUGUGUGUGUGUGUGUUUUCAAAGGUAGAUGUGUAUUGAUUCUUUGUAACAUAUGCAGUGGGUAGAGCCGUGGCUGAUUAUAUCAGCAGUGACUGGGGAGACAGUAGCCUUGAAUGGGAAGAGCAAAAAACAAUUAAAAUAGUAGCUGUGCGGAUAAUUUUCGACUCACCCUUGUAGAUUAACUACAGUACGUAGAUCUAAUAUACAGUGUGUGUGGGAGGUUCUUUUAUUUCUGUAUUAGUGUCAAAGGUUACUGACACCAGUCCCUUCCACUGUCUCUAAGGAUUGAAUGUCAUCAAUGAUAUACAGGAAGCUUUAGCCCAUAUGUUCUGUACAUUUCUUAUGAGUUUGUGUUCCAUGUCCCAGGUCACAUCUACUUCUAUUAUAUUAAUAUGUAUAUUUGUUUAAAAAAAAAAAGGAAAAAGUGAAACAAAUGAUCAUAGGGUUGUGAGUUUGAAUACUGAUGAUGUUCCAGCCAUUUGAGAACCAAAGAGGCUAAACUGGCCGUGUUCUCACGACGUCAAUAUAAACACUUGGGUGCCGAAUAUGCAAAAGAGAGUUAAUAGGUACAGAAUUGAGCAGAAGUUAAAACCAACUGAUGCAAACGGAUACACACAACCCUACCAUGUACCUUUUGAUAUUGUCUGUGUAUGUGUUUAUAUAUGUAUUAAUAUUAGUUUGCAUUAAAUUGCAUCUAACCUAAACCCAGCUUGGAAUUGAAGAACGGAACAUUAGACCUCAAAUGUUUUGAUCUGCGAACGCUUUGUCCUCCAGUGAUCCCCAACUCACUGCACGAGCUUCAUUAAUAACAUCUCAUUCACACUAUGCGUUAAUGGAUACACCCGUUUUUGUUUUUUUUUCUCCAUAUUUGAUAUGGUGACUCUUCUUUGCACUGCUUGACGUAUUCAUAGUUUUUUUUUUCUCUCAAACAAGAUUAGAGGAGAAGAGAAUCGGCUAUAAUAUAUAAGAUAUUUGCCAGAGAAUUUCACAUGUAAACCAUUUGAAUCAGGACUUUUGUGAUAUUGUACUAUAUUAAAUUAUUCACUUUGUUUCACUA